CGACGCCUUCGCGGCUGCCACCUGAGGCCACUCACCCACCAACUUGUGUUCUCUCACAAGUCUUUCACAACCAACCCGCUCGCUUUUAUACACUCUCACAUUCUCUCAUAUAUUCUCGUCUCUGUAGUCGGUGUCCGUCGUUCGUCCAGCUAUGGGCGUCUCAUUCGGCUCAUUCGACGCUAUCUGUGAAACAGCGGCGUUGGUAAUAUGUCCACUCGUUGGAACGGAUCAAGGCAUUGAGCCAACGUGCUACAGUAGAAAUGUAGACAUUGCAGGAACACUGAUUUUCCAACCUGCUACAUGUUUCAUUCACAUCGUCGCCAUUAUCAUGACCAUUAUUAUGAUCUACCACAUACGAAGCAAGUACACUGCAGUCGGUCGGAAGGAGAUCGUCAUGUUCUUCUAUCUUUACGCUAUCAUCGAGCUGUUGGCCAUAUUCCUCGACUCAAAUGUCAUUCCCACGGCAAACGCAAGUUACCCAUGGUUUGCAGCUAUCUAUACCGGCUUAGUAGCUGCCGCCUAUGGGUGCAUACUUAUCAACGGAUUCGUCGGCUUCCAAUUUGCAGAAGAUGGAACACCUCUAUCACUCUGGGGUCUACGUCUAGCCUGCCUCGUCUUCUUCGGCAUCUCGUUCUUUAUUGCCAUCGCCACAUUCAAACAAUUCGCCGGCUUCAAGUAUUCCAAACCCAUUGGUCUCUGGAUCAUCUAUAUCCUCUGGCCGCUCAUCUGUGCAGCCGUAUACAUCGUCUCGCAACUCAUUCUUGUCUUCCGCACGCUCGAAGACCGUUGGCCCAUCGGUGACAUUGUCUUCGGAACUGCGUUCUUUGUCAUCGCGCAAGUCCUCCUGUUUGCAUUCAGUGUCACGAUCUGUGACGCCAUCAAGCAUUACAUCGACGGGCUCUUCUUCUUCACACUCUGCAUCCUAUUGAGCGUAAUGAUGAUAUACAAGUACUGGGACUCUAUCACGCGCGAGGACCUCGAGUUCUCAGUCGGGUCGAAGGCAACGGUGUGGGAGGUCAAGGAUCCAUUGCUCGCGGGUCACGAGUACGAGGAAGAGUCCGCCAGCACCUACCACGGUGCACCUGCAAGUCUCGUCGGCGGCGUCAGCGGUCAGAACCUUUACUCGAAAGGAGGUUACGGCGGUCGAGGCUACCCUCCGUCUUCAGAACGGUAUUGAUCAACGUGGAAUGUAUAUUACGACCACUUCUGUCGCCUUUUUGCAUACCUCUUCUUCGUCUUGCCGUGUGGUAACACAUGGGAACGUCGUUGUCAGAUAUCUUUUUCGCAUGCAUGGACAAUUCUUUUUUUCCAAUGUUGACUGACCUAUGACCACAGACUUUCAUUAUUUGUCGCUGAUACGCAUACAUUCCCGUGUUUCUUCUAUAUCCCCCUUUUGUCAUCUUCCCUCGAUGGCACAUCCAUCACUUCAGAAUAGUGGUCGUAUUUUAUGCAAUGUGAAGAGUAAUU